UUAACUGUUAAUAAUUCUUUUGCAAGCCAGUCAGAUUGCAAAUUAAUUAAAUCGAAAAUAAAACUAGUUGGCAACUCUGUGUUAGUAGAAAAAUAGAUUUUGUGUGAAGUACAACUUUGUACUCAAAAGUUAAAAGUAAAAAUAACUAAAAAAACUCUUAAUAUGAAAUCCACAAUUUCACUGCUGCUGGUUGUCAUCUGCACCGUCGUUCUGGCCGCCCAACAGAGCCAGGCUAAAAAGGGCUGUCAGGCCUAUGGGCACGUCUGUUACGGCGGACAUGGGAAGCGCUCCUUGAGUGCAACCGGCAACGGUGCAGCAGCCGCCAAUGCCAAUGCCAAUGCCGCUGGCCUCGAUCAAGAGUUUGUGCGUCCGAAUGGCUUGCUGCCGAUGCUGGCGCCAAAUGAACAGCCACCCGAAGCUGAAUUCGACGACUAUCCAUCCCGCCAAGUCCUGUACAAAAUAAUGAAAUCCUGGUUUAAUCGUCCGCAUCGACCUGUGCCUCGUCUAGCUGAGCUGGAUUAUCCGCUCUCGAGCUCUAGUGAAAGUUUUAACCGGGAAAUAGCGCUAAAUGCGCUUAACUAAGCUCAAUGACAAUUCAACCAAAUGAAGCACUUUUCAGAACAACAAUAACUACAUCAACAACAACAAAUUACUUACUGAAUGUUUA